GGGCUCUAUGGAAGGAGAAAAAAAGACAACACGAGAAAAAUUAGUAUUUUCUACCUUCAGAAAUUAAUGGCCAUGAGUUCGUAUAUGGUGAACUCUAAAUAUGUGGAUCCUAAAUUUCCUCCUUGCGAGGAAUAUUUACAGAAUAACUACUUAGCUGAGCAGGGCUCCGACUAUUACAGUGCAUCGCAAGGCUCUGAUUUUCAGCAUCAGGGAAUCUAUCCACGGUCAAACUACAGCGAGCAGCCCUUUAGCUGUACCAAUGCCCAAGACUCUGCAGUGCAGCCGCGGGGUCAUGGACAGGAGCAAUCCGGCCCACCGAGCCACUUCCCCGGUCAAGCAGAGCAUUGUCUGCCGCCUCCAAUACCCAACUCGCGAGCCUGCAGCCAGCAGCAAAACCUCAAAACCCCAAACGGGUCAGCAAUUAAACAGCCAGCAGUAGUUUAUCCCUGGAUGAAGAAAGUCCAUGUUAACUCGGUGAAUCCCAAUUACACCGGAGGGGAACCUAAACGCUCCAGAACAGCCUACACGAGGCAGCAAGUCCUAGAACUGGAAAAAGAAUUUCAUUUUAACAGGUAUCUGACUAGGCGUCGUCGUAUUGAAAUAGCCCACACUUUGUGUCUCUCUGAACGCCAGAUCAAGAUCUGGUUUCAGAAUAGAAGAAUGAAGUGGAAAAAAGACCACAAACUGCCCAACACUAAGGGUAGGUCUUCUUCAUCUGGUUCAAACCAACAUUUGCAGACUGUUUCCAAGGACCAUCACACUGACUUGACAACUUUAUAG